UGGCAAUAUAACCCAAAUUAGAUUAGGGAUUCUUUCCCAAGAAUUGCUUUUGUUACGUUCUACUAGUAGUAAUUUUGUUAGUAUAUGAAUAUUUCUUCGUAAGCUAUGAGUCUAUGAGAAGAAAAGUUCUAGAGACAUAUAACAAUUGUUAUAUAGAAAAAUAAAAUGUAGGGAAAUUCCAUCCUGAUGCUUGAUUUUAAAUAAAAAUAAGUUGCCGGCCAUCAUGAUAAUGUCUAAUAUCUUUUAGGGAAAAAAAAAAAACAUGUUAAUAUGUAAAGCCAUCAUCCAGCUAGUCAUGGACCCAUGGAAUUGACAAGAUGAAGAUAGCUUAGACAUCCAGACAAUACCUGAAUGAUCACUUGAUGAUUCAGUAAAAUAUGUUGAAAGGAAAUUAACUCAUGCUUGUGUGCUCGAUAGUUGUUGUUGAAAUCUGAGAGUUAUAAAUCUGGUUUAAAGUUUGAGAAUUAAAUUCAUAAAUCGCUAUUGAUGAGGUGACAUAUCAUUCACAUUCCUGAGGUACUUGCAAGUAUAUAGGUACAAACUAGCUUUUGAUAGUGACAUCCCUCUCUAUAGUAUAUGAUUUUUGGAAAGAGGAUAGAAAGGGAGGUAGUUGAGAAAGGUCACUUGAAAAUUGAAACCUUUAUAUUGAUCUUUUCAAGAAAGGGAGGUAGUUAAGAAAAGUAAUUCAAAACCAUUUGUAUCGAUCUUGUCAGAUAAAGAGUAUAUAAUCCUCUUAUAAAGCACCGUUUGAAUUCGAUCAUAUAGUUUCAAAGGUCACCAUCCCACCCCAAAAAAAAUCAUGCAUGAAGGGAAUUAUGAUAUUUUAGUACUAGAUUAAAAUGAGUUCUAAGUAGGUACGAAAGGCCAUGAUAAGAUAUUAAAGCAUUACAACCACCAGACAUGAUGGGAUUCAAAAUGUUCCAUCCAAAACUUCUAUUUCAUCACAUGUUGCUUGAGUUUUAGAAGAUUGUUAUCAUGAAACUCCUAAUUGAUAUGAGUUUGAAAAUAGGAAAAUAAAAAAUAAAUAAAAAAGACAAGGGCUUACUUACUCUUUAAAUAUAGAAUGACUCUCACAUUUAGCCGAUUCCCAACCUCAUCUUCAAAAUGCUCUAAUUAUGAAAUCUAGAAUGCUACUUAAGGUCUUUUGCACUGAUGUGUGAGUUUUUAAGGAUCAUAUUAACGUUGAAAUUACUACAUUAGGGUAUAGGCCAAGAAUAUACUUUAAUGUUCGUCAAAGGCUGAAAACAGACCAUAUUCAUGCAUUGCUUUUUAAAAAACAACUCAUAAGAAUGUGAAGUAUAAUUAACACAUUAUUGAGAAAUAUAAGCCAAGUUAAAAUCAUUGUUUUUUUUUUUUUUCUUUCAAUCAAAUGACCGAUUCUUGCGGGAAAAAAGAAAAAAAAAACAUUGUUUGACCCGUUGAUGGAGGUUGCGACUCAAAGCAAACUUUCAUGGUUUUCCAUGCAAAAUUGCAAAGCCAAAAGGCAUUUCUCUUCUCAGAAAAAGCCAAAAAGCAUUCUAAUCGUUUCCUGGAGAGACGUACUGUCGAUUCUAUUGACUAUUUGGCUGGAGUGGGGUGAUUACUUUCCCAGUUUCCCAGAUGUUGGCGCUGAUAGAAGGAAGCAAGUCCAUUGUGAUCACAGGCCAUUCUAUAGGAGGAACAACUGCCUCACUCUGCGCUCUUUGGCUCCUCUGUUACCUGCAAUCCGUCUCUUCUAACCGUUCGGUGCUUUGCAUUACCUUCGGUUCACCAUUACUUGGGAACGAAUCGCUUCACCGAGCAAUCCUUAGGGAAAGAUGGGGCGGCAAUUUUUGCCAUGUGGUAUCCAAGUAUGACAUCAUGCCAAGACUCCUCUUCGCUCCUUUAGAGUCCUGCACUCGCCAACUUCAUCUCUUGCUGCAAUACUGGCAGAUGUCUAUGUUGGCUUCUUCUCCAGGCAACUUUGGACAGUACUUUCCAGUACUUCAACUUGGUGAGGAAGAGAAAGCUCACCUCUUCAGCUUCGUAUCACAUUAUAAUUUGCUAGUGUCUUCAGUAGCACAAGAAGAAGCAAGAGAAGAGAAAGCAAAUAGUUUGUAUUGGCCAUUUGGGAACUACAUGUUUUGCUCACAGGAGGGAGCUAUUUGUGUGGAGAAUGCAGCAUCUGUGAUCAAGAUGAUGCAUUUGAUGUUUACGACUGGUAACCCCAGUUGCUGUAUCAAUGAUCAUCUAAAAUAUGGAGACUAUAUUGGGAAGAUUUCUUCCCAGUUUCUGAAUAAGAAAAGCUUCUUGCAAGGGGAAGUGAUUCCUGAGUCAAGCUAUGAAGCAGGGGUUGCACUGGCAUUGCAGUCAUCAGGAAUAAGUAAACAGGAACCAGCUGCCAGACCGGCGGAAGAUUGCCUAAAGAAGGCUAGGGGAAUGAGACAUAUGCGUACACCAAGCCUCAACGCUGCAAACUUAGCCAUCAGAUUAUCCAAGGUUAAUCCUUACAGAGCUCAAAUAGAGUGGUAUAUGGCAUCCUGUGAUAAGUCUGAUGAGCAACUUGGUUACUACUUCAAGCAACGGGGAUCAUCCAAAAGGGACCACAAAGUCAACAUGAACCGGCUCUUGCUUGCUGGAUUUUGGAAUGAUGUGCUCCGCAUGCUGGAGAACAACGAGCUGCCUCAUGAUUUUCACAAGCGACCAAAAUGGAUAAACACUUCCCAGUUUUACAAGCUCCUGGUAGAGCCACUGGACAUUGCAGAGUAUUAUAGAUCUGGUAUGCACCGGAUCAAAGGGCAUUACUUGAAGCAUGGAAGAGAGAGGAGGUUUGAGAUUUUCGACAGGUGGUGGAGAGAGAGAGAGGUUGAUCCAGAAGAAAACACUAGUAUGAGAAGCAGAUUUGCAGGUUUGACUCAGGACUCUUGCUUCUGGGCUAAGGUGGAGGAAGCUACAGAGUGGCUAGCUAAUGUUAGAAGCGAGAGUGAUGCAAGGAAGCUGGCUCUGCUGUGGGAAAAUAUCAAUAAAUUUGAAAGGUAUGCAACCAGAUUAGUUGAUGACAAGGAGGUCUCUAAAGACGUUGUAGCAAAGAAUUCGAGCUAUUCUAAGUGGGUAGAAGAGUUGAGAGAAUUGAAAUCUCAGAUGCAGCAAAUCCAUCCUCAGUUCCCAAGGUUUAGAGACGGUGAGUUAUUUCCUUAGUUCCAGAUUUCACAUCCUGUAAAGCUAUGUAAUGCAUACAUUUAAUGUCUACUCUAGAACUAUCAGGUUGACUUAGCCAACCUAUAUUGUGUUUUAUAUAUAGCUUCAACUAUUAUUCAAUAAUUCUUCAAGUUAUAUA